CUUUGAUGCCUGGGACGUUCGUGUAUUCGGUGAUCUUUGCGCCGUCUUCUUGGUUGAUGUCUCCUGAGCGGCGGCGGCACCAGGUCUAGGGCUGAAUUAUCCGCGAGGCUCGCGCUUAGGCCGCUUUAUCCCGCCGGUCGGUGGAGCGGACCCCUUGUUUCCUUUCUGCUUCUUCCUUCCUUCUGUCUGUGGCUCAGCUCUCCCGCCUGGAAACAGCUGCAAACAGAGCUCCCGCCCGCUUUGCAGAUUUCCAUGAGGACAACUUGCAACGACCUGAAUGGCCUCAUUUUAGCUGCUUCAGUGUGUGGAGCUAUUACUUGCUCCUUCAUUUCCUAGUCCUGGUGUGACAGUGACUACUGAUCACCAUGAAGGUUGUUUCAGAGAAGAAUGCUGUCCGGAUACUCUGGGGGCGAGAACGGGGCACUCGGGCCAUGGGAGCUCAGCGGCUUCUGCAGGAACUAGUGGAAGAUAAAACCCGGUGGAUGAAAUGGGAGGGCAAGAGAGUAGAACUACCAGAUAGUCCACGCUCUACCUUUUUGCUGGCUUUCAGCCCAGACAGGACUCUCUUGGCCUCCACCCAUGUGAAUCAUAAUAUCUAUAUUACGGAGGUGAAGACUGGCAAGUGUGUUCAUUCUCUGAUUGGACACCGCCGCACUCCAUGGUGUGUCACGUUUCAUCCCACCAUUUCAGGCCUUAUUGCUUCCGGCUGCUUAGAUGGGGAGGUUAGAAUUUGGGAUUUACAUGGUGGCAGUGAAAGCUGGUUCACAGAUAGCAACAAUGCCAUUGCCUCCCUGGCUUUCCACCCUACGGCUCAGCUCCUGCUGAUUGCCACUGCCAAUGAGAUCCACUUCUGGGACUGGAGUCGACGGGAGCCUUUUGCUGUAGUGAAAACAGCUAGUGAGAUGGAACGCGUCCGGUGAGUACUCUACCCCACUAGCAUUUUCUACCUAACUUCUUUGCUCUACUCCCUGCCCCAUGCUGGUCCACAUUUGCAGGGUGAUGAUGAACCAGAGAUCCCCAUAGAUGGAACAGAAUUAUCCCACUACCGUCAGCGUGCCCUCCUGCAAUCACAGCCAGUUCGACGGACGCCUCUCCUCCACAAUUUCCUGCACAUGCUGUCCUCCCGCUCCUCUGGCAUCCAGACCGAGCCCUUCCAUCCCCCGGAGCAGGCCUCGUCAACUCAGCAGGACCAGGGCCUCCUGAACCGGCCGUCUGCCUUCAGUACAGUCCAGAGCAGCACAGCCGGCAACACACUCCGCAACCUCAGUCUGGGUCCCACCCGUCGCUCUUUGGGAGGCUCUCUGUCUAGUCACCCUUCUAGGUAUCACCGAGAAAUAGCUCCUGGGCUGACAGGAUCUGAAUGGACCCGGACAGUACUCAGUCUUAAUUCUCGCUCGGAGGCGGAAUCCAUGCCCCCACCCAGGACCAGUGCCUCUUCAGUGAGUUUGCUGUCCGUGCUGAGACAGCAAGAAGGUGGCUCUCAGGCAUCUGUGUAUACGUCAGCCACAGAAGGGAGGGGUUUUCCAGCAUCAGGGUUUGCAGCUGAGUCAGAUGGAGGGAAUGGCUCCAGCCAAAACAACUCAGGCGGCAUUCGCCAUGAGCUUCAGUGUGACUUGAGACGCUUCUUUUUGGAGUAUGACCGGCUUCAGGAGCUGGAUCAGAGCUUGAGUGGGGAAGCUUCCCAGAGCCAGCAGGCCCAGGAAAUGCUCAACAAUAACAUUGAAUCUGAGAGGCCAGGCCCUUCACACCAGCCCACUCCGCACAGCAGUGAGAACAACUCUAAUCUUUCCCGUGGCCACCUGAAUCGCUGCCGGGCUUGCCACAAUCUCCUGACCUUCAACAACGAUACUUUGCGCUGGGAAAGAACCGCACCUAACUACUCCUCUGGUGAGGCUAGCUCCUCCUGGCAGGUCCCCAGUACCUUUGAGGGUAUGCCAUCAAGUGGCAGCCAGUUGCCACCUCUUGAGCGGACUGAGGGCCAAACAUCCAGCUCCAGCAGGCUGGAGUUGAGCAGCUCUGCUAGCCCACAGGAAGAGAGGACUGUGGGGGUGGCCUUUAACCAAGAGACAGGCCACUGGGAAAGAAUUUAUACCCAGUCCAGCAGAUCUGGAACUGUAUCACAGGAGGCCUUACAUCAGGAUAUGCCUGAGGAAAGCUCUGAGGAAGAUUCACUCAGGAGGAGGCUGCUGGAGUCUUCCCUCAUUUCAUUAUCCCGUUAUGAUGGAGCAGGAUCCAGAGAGCACCCAAUUUACCCAGACCCAGCGAGAUUAUCUCCUGCUGCAUACUACGCCCAGAGGAUGAUCCAGUAUCUCUCACGGAGAGACAGUAUUCGCCAGCGCUCUAUGCGCUACCAACAGAACCGUCUCCGUUCUUCCACCUCCUCCUCUUCCUCAGACAACCAGGGUCCAUCAGUAGAGGGAACCGACUUGGAAUUUGAGGACUUUGAGGACAAUGGUGACAGAUCCAGACACCGAGCUCCACGUAAUGCCCGCAUGUCCGCACCUUCACUUGGACGCUUUGUCCCAAGGCGUUUUUUGCUGCCUGAGUACUUGCCUUAUGCUGGGAUUUUUCAUGAACGUGGACAGCCUGGCUUGGCUACUCACUCUUCUGUAAACAGGGUUCUGGCAGGGGCCGUGAUCGGUGAUGGACAGUCUGCUGUGGCCAGUAACAUUGCCAAUACAACCUACCGGCUCCAGUGGUGGGACUUCACUAAGUUUGAUCUCCCAGAAAUCAGUAAUGCCUCCGUGAAUGUGCUGGUACAGAACUGCAAGAUCUACAAUGACGCCAGCUGUGACAUUUCUGCAGAUGGCCAGCUGCUGGCAGCUUUCAUCCCUAGCAGCCAGAGGGGUUUUCCUGAUGAGGGCAUCCUGGCAGUGUACUCCCUGGCCCCCCAUAACCUGGGUGAAAUGCUCUACACGAAGCGAUUUGGUCCCAAUGCCAUUUCGGUGAGCCUGUCCCCAAUGGGCCGAUAUGUAAUGGUGGGCUUGGCCUCACGAAGGAUCCUGCUGCACCCCUCCACAGAGCACAUGGUGGCCCAAGUCUUCAGACUGCAACAGGCCCAUGGUGGUGAGACCUCUAUGAGGAGAGUUUUCAAUGUCCUUUACCCUAUGCCUGCUGAUCAGCGGAGACAUGUCAGCAUCAAUUCUGCCCGCUGGCUGCCUGAGCCAGGACUCGGCCUCGCCUAUGGUACCAACAAAGGAGACCUGGUGAUCUGCCGACCAGAGGCCUUAAACUCUGGUGUUGAAUACUACUGGGACCAGCUGAACGAGACUGUCUUCACUGUCCAUUCCAACAGCAGGAGCAGCGAGCGGCCUGGAACCAGCAGAGCCACAUGGAGGACAGACAGAGACAUGGGUCUGAUGAAUGCAAUUGGGCUACAGCCCCGGAACCCCACCACCUCAGUGACAUCUCAGGGCACCCAGACUCUGACCCUUCAGCUGCAAAAUGCCGAAACACAGACUGAGAGGGAGGUACAGGAGCCAGGGACAGCAGCCUCAGGUCCUGGUGAAGGUGAGGGCUCAGAGUACGGUGCCAGUGGGGAAGAUGCCCUCAGUAGGAUCCAGAGGCUGAUGGCAGAGGGGGGCAUGACGGCUGUGGUGCAGCGGGAGCAGAGUACCACUAUGGCCUCCAUGGGGGGCUUUGGCAACAACAUCAUAGUCAGCCACCGCAUUCAUCGCAGCUCCCAGACAGGCACCGAGCCAGGGGCCACCCGUACCUCCUCGCCCCAGCCCUCCACCUCUCGGGGACUGCUCCCAGAACCUGAGCAGCUGGCAGAGCGAGGACUAAGCCCACGGACAGCCUCCUGGGAACAACCUGGGACCCCUGGGCAGGAACCACCGCAGCCAACCCUGCCCUCUUCAUCCCCUGCCCAUGUUCCUGUCCCCAUUCCCAGCACUGAGGGACCAACCCCGCAUUGCGACCUGACCAGUAACAACCACCUUCCUGAUGACAGUGGCAGCAGCAGGGAUGAAGCUGCAGGUCCCAGUGGGGAGCCACGGAACAGGUAGAGACAUGUGCACUGGUGCCUCCCCUCGAACCGCUGAGCAGAGACCGGACCUCACAGCUGACUGGGAACUGUAGAUGCGGAAGAGCUGCUGGCUGCAUCAGGGAACAGGAGGAGUAAGAGGGUGGGGUGAAGAGGAGUCAAGAGUCAUUGGGCACGAAGCAGUCGAAUGGGCAAGACUUGCCUUGGGGGACUAGAACUUUUCAGGAUCUGGAGCCCAGGAGAGCCAUACUGCUGGACUUAAUGUGAAUGGAAGAGCAAGUGGGUAUCUGUGCUGUGAACCCCCUUUCUCCUAGGAACAUGGGCUCAGGGGACUUAGCCCUGGACAGAGAGCCCCAGAGGAGUGAACAGUCUUCCAGUUCUGGGCCAAGCCAUCUGCACAGAUGCCAAUGGGGCAGCUUUUCUCUGUCCACCUAUUGGGUGGGCAGAGCUACCAGGAGCCCAAAAACAGGAGGAAGGGCCUGGCUCCUAGAAACCAUCUCCAACUCUGAGCCUUCCAGAGCUUCAGCCUCUCUUCAUCAUCUUACCCACAGAAACCACAGUCAGGGGUUGGGCCAGGCUCCCAGAUUCCUGAGGACAGGGAUUUCCUGCAUUUACUAAUGGGGAACAACUGCAAGGGAAAGAGGGCAGCCUGCUUGCCUGAUAGAGGAUGGGGUCAAGGGACAGUGGGCAGGUCUUCACUCAGGAGUGGGGGGAAUAGGCUGGCCCACCCCCAGGGCUUGUCCACCAAGCUUCUCCCUCCCCUCCAAGGCUCUCAGCAGCACCUGUGGGUGUCAGUAUUACCUGAGCCUAGGCCAAAGCUAGCCUAAGGCUGGGGGAGGGGGAUGAGACUCCAGGUCAGAAUGUGAGGUCUUGGUCUGUGAUUUAAGGUGUUGCAUGUGGAAUCUUGAACUGUAUGUGUAGUUUCUAGUGAAGAAAUCAAGGCUCUGAUCAUUUUGUUUUUAGUAUGAAAAUGUGAUUUCCUUUCUGUUUGUAAUUCAUCAUAGAAAUAUUGUGACGGGAGGAGAGGGGAUAGUCUACUGCUAAUGAGGGAAACACCAAAGAUCUACAUCAUUAAAAUGAUGACAUGCCCCUCA